AUGGCCUACUUCUCAUUCGCCCGCAGCAUCAUCGCCGGCGAGCCCACCACGCUGUUCUGCACCGCCGACAGCGCCGAUGCGCUCCGCGACUUCACCUACAUUGACGACGUCGUCAGGGGCUGCCUCAGCGCGCUUGACACGACCGGCAAGAGCAUGGGCUCCAAGUCUGGCAAGAAGCGCGAGCCCGCGCCGCUCCGUGUGUAUAGCCUCGGCAACACCUCGCCGAUGCCCGUCACCUGCAUGGUCGCCAUCCUCGAGAAGCUCCUCGGCAAGAAGGCACACAAGCGUGUCGUCACGAUGCCAACCAAUGGUGACGUGCCGUUCACGCACGCCAAUGUCAGCCCCGCCAUGCGUGAGUUCGGCUACCACCCUGCCACCUCGCUCGAGGUUGGCCUCCACCAUUUCGUCGACUGGUUCGUGCAGUACUACAAGGUCGACGUCAGGGGCGGCGGCAAUGUCCUCGCCGGCAAGACCACCAAGAGGAAAUCCAUGCCCAUGUCCACAGCAUUGUGA